AUGUCUGCCCCUGAGGUUAUUGUUGAUAAUGUGGAACAAGCACUGACUUCUGUAGACAGGACGAAAUCUGUUGAUGCCAUCUCUGACAGAGACCGUUCAUCUAUAUCAAUCAAUGGUGAAUCUUUCCGUGCUUCAUCUGAAAGUACAGCCUUUAGCGUUGGGGAUUUUGUUCUUCCCAAUGGGGAAUCAUAUUCUGGAACAUUACUUGGCAAUGUACCUGAGGGGAAUGGGAAAUAUGUAUGGUCAGAUGGUUGUGUAUAUGAAGGUGAAUGGAGAAGGGGCAUGAGGCAUGGGAAUGGAAAAAUUCAGUGGCCUUCUGGAGCUGCUUAUGAGGGUGAAUUUUCAGGUGGAUAUAUGCAUGGUGCAGGGACUUACGUAGGUUCCAAUAACUUGACCUAUAAAGGAAGAUGGCGUUUGAAUCUCAAACAUGGGUUGGGAUCCCAGGUUUAUCCUAACGGAGAUAUCUUUGAGGGCUCUUGGAUACAGGGAAGUCCAGAGGGUCCUGGCAAGUAUACCUGGGCUAAUGGUAAUGUCUAUCUUGGGAAUAUGAAAGGGAGUAAAAUGGCAGGGAAGGGGACUCUUACAUGGACAAAUGGGGAUUCAUUUGAAGGAAGCUGGUUAAAUAGUAUGAUGCAUGGAUUUGGAGUGUAUACGUGGAGUGAUGGUGGUUGCUAUGUUGGAACUUGGACGUGUGGUUUGAAGGACGGAAAAGGAUCAUUUUAUCCAAAAGGGAGCCGGUUACAAGCUGUAGAAGAACGGUAUCUCAAUGCUCUAAGAAAAAGGGGGUACUUCCAGAUCUAA